AUGCCCGGUCGGGCCCUGCCCCCGGCCCGGCCCCGGGCGGGGCUGCCCCGUUCCCGGACCCGGGCGUCCCGCCGCGGUCUCGCCUCCGGCCGGCUCCGGUCGUACUGGCGGUGGCGCUGCUGGGCGGGCAUCAGUGCCUGGGGCUGGGGCGGCAUCGCCUCCCUUUGGCUCCGCCUGGCCCGAGCCCGGCUCCGGCCCUGACACCGGCUCCGGCUCCGGCCCCGGCCCCGGCCCCGGCCCCGACCCCGGCUCCUACCGGGGCCCGCGGAGGACACAGGUGGUGCGGCCGCUCCCGCUGCCUCCGCUGCCGCUUGCCCGGCCCGAGCUCCGCCGCUCGGCAGCGCGGCCGCUGGCCCCGAGCCGCCGCUGUCCCGUUGCAGGGAGCGAACGCCUGGGGAUGGCCGGCCCGGGGCGCUUGAAGGACCAUCGGGGUCCGUUGCCGGCCCCGGGCCGAGCGCCGACAGCCGCGUCCCGCCGGCAGGGAAGGCGCAGCAGGGCCUGAAGGAGCAGUACCGGCUGGGCUCGCUGCUGGGGCGCGGCGGCUUCGGCAGCGUCUUCACGGCCACGCGGCUCUCGGACGGAGCCCCGGUGGCCAUCAAAAGGGUGCCCCGGAAGCGCGUCCGGCACUGGGGCGAGCUGCCCGACGGCACCAGCGCACCCCUGGAGAUCGUGCUGCUGGCCAAGGUGUCCACUGGCUUCCCUGGUGUGGUUCAGCUGCUGGAGUGGCUUGAGCUCCCCAACGACGUCUUGAUGGUGCUGGAGCGCCCGGAGCAGUGUCAGGACCUGCAGCAUUUCAUUCGGGCACGGCGGUUCCUGCCCGAGGAGGUGGCGCGGGAGCUGUUCCGCCAGGUGCUGGAGGCCGUGCAGCACUGCACCAGCUGUGGGGUCCUGCACAGGGACAUCAAACCAGAGAACAUCCUGGUUGACCUGGCCACCGGGCAGGCCAAAUUGAUUGACUUUGGCUGUGGCACCUACCUGCAGGACACAGCCUACACUCACUAUGCAGGAACACGCUCAUUCAGCCCCCCAGAAUGGACCCACUUUGGCUGGUACUAUGGCAGGCCAGCUACCAUCUGGUCCCUGGGCAUCCUGCUGCACCAGAUGGUCUGUGGGAAGCACCCUUUCAGGAGGGGCCAGAGCAUCAGCUGGGACUAUCAGCUCUCGCUGCCACAAGGGCUCUCUCAAGAGUGCCAAGAUCUGAUCAGGCAAUGUUUAUCCAUGCUGGACUCUGAAAGGCCCUCAUUAGAAGAGCUGCUCUGUCAUCCUUGGAUGCAGGAUAUUCAUCUGCCCUAGAAGAAGGGAGAGAGCCACAGGCACACUGUGAUGCCGGGCCCUGGAAAGGAGAAGGAGCUCCUGGAGACGCUGUACCAGGUGGGACUGCUGCUGCUGGAGACAGCGAGGAUGACAUCAAGGAUGGCAACCUCUUCCUGGACCUGGCCACGGGCCAGCUGAAGAUGAUGGAUUUUGAUCCGGGCUCCUUCUCCAAAGCCAGGCUCCACAGCGAAUUUGCAGAUGAGUCCACACCCAGGGGGAUGCCCCCAGAUUUGGGCAUUGCACAGCCUGUGAGAGGGCAGGGAACCAAAGGUUCCCCCUUUGCUGGGGCAGAUGCAGCUGAUCCUUCAGUCGGCUGCCCAGCUGGUUUUGGCAGGGCUGGGGGGAUGGGCUGGGCUGGGUACGAAAUGGGAGUGGGCUCCUGGCCCUGCCAACAGCCCCCAGCACCCACCGUGCUCUGGGCUGGGGCUGGGGCAGCCAGCCCAACACAAACAAACCCCCAUGGUGGGAGCAGAGGUGGGACUCCAGAACCUGCUGGAGCUGGGGCUGCUUUGCUGUGCAGGCAAGGAAGGGCUUGGGCUGCUCCACUGCCCCUGUCUGCUUUGGGAUCAGUGUUAUUGUGGGAGGCAGUGCAGGGGGAAGGGAGAAAGCCUGGGCUUCCCUUACCUGUGUGUGGGUUUUUCCUUCCAUGCAGGGGUUGGGCCUUCCUCAAGGCCCUGGCAGAGAUAAGAUUUUUUACCUUUUUUCUUGUUUCCCCUUUUUGUCUGUAAUCUAUUUUCAAUAAUUUGUUGUUUGUUUUUCUAGAGGAACUGUUCUAGGUGGCCUCCAGUCUGGAUCAGGAAGUGCUUGGGACCAGCUGCAGCGUGGAUGGGCAGUGCCCUUGGAGAAGGCUGAGGACAUCGUUUGGGACCAGCUUUUCUUCCAGCGGGGGAGGGCGUGAGCCGGGCUCUGCGGGUGCUGACUGCAUGACUGAUAAAAUUACAUCAUCCCAUUGGGAGAAGCUCCACCCAGAGGGUGGAGCCUAGCAUUCCUUCCUGGAUAUAAUCUGACAGUUGGAACACCACAGCACCUUUCCUGCUGGAUUUCCCAGAGGAGCAGCCCUUUCCCACUGGAUUCCCAGAGGAAGACCAGACCAAUCCACACCACCACUGGAUCUUCAGAGGAAAACUCCACCCUUCUACAGGAUCACUGCUUUAACAGAAUCUCACCUGUCUCUCCAGGAGAACUACAGCCACCAUUUAAUGGGACUGCUACCAACGCCCUGACACACAGGGAGUCAGACCAUAUUCUGACUCUGCCACUGUUAUUUUAUAUUACUGCUUUGGUUUUUUAAUUUUUUUUCUUCUCUACUAAAGAAGUUAUUCCUUGUCCCAUAUCUUUGCCUUAAAGCCCCUUAAUUUCAAACUUACAACAAUUCAGAAGGAGGGGGUUUACAUUUUCCAUUUCAGGGGAGGCUCCUUUCUUCCUUAGCAGACACCUGUCUUUUCAAACAUAAAUAUCCUUGCUGGCAGUGUUUGAUUGGCCAAUAAAUCCUUAAAAGGUCUUGUAACUAGGAGUCUCGUGACCUUCUGAGCCUUGUGGUGAAAAUGUGAGCCAAACUCAUCGUUCCUGUCUAUGUAGAAGAAAAAGAAAUGGCAACAUCUAAAAACACAGAGGUCUGAUCUCUAACUCAUUCCAAACUCCUUCAAGUCCCCUGAAGUGUGAUUUAGCUACAAAUAGAUGACAAGGACUCUUAUUGCUGGCUCUUUGACUCCAAACCAGCUGCUUCAGAAACUGUCACAUAACCCUGUGUAGUUAGGUACCAGAAAUGUAUCAUUUGAAGAAACUUUCCCAACUGACUUGAAUAGAGGUUUAUUUGUAGGGUAAUUGAGGGGAAACCCUCCCAGCAGAGGUUUGGGCUUUGGCCUAGCUGUGUCCCUGCUGGUUUUGAAGUAUGCCAUCAGCUGCAGGGGUUUCUGGGCUAAAAAUAUAAUUGAGUCAUGUUGACUUGCUCUUUUUGGCCUAUAAAAGCUGGAUUCACUUUCAGGGCAAAUUUGGAAACCUCAUCUCUGGGUGAAUGGAUGACCUAGGAUUUUCCCAAUUGCUGGGAACGGUUCCCCAGGUCCUUGGUGUAAAAUGUGGCUCCCCAGCAAGUGCAGAUCUGCAAGAUGAUAAACAAUUUAGGCAACUGGUGAUGAUUCUUUUUAAAUAGC